AGUAAUUGCAAUUACUAUAGGCUUAUUGAAUGAGAAGUACGUUGUGCCAUAAGGCUGUGCAAUAGGUGAUAUGAUCUAAUCAAGGAAGUGCAGAAAGACUUUCACUGAGAAAGGGGAAUUGAGCUAAUAUCUAAAUAAUGAGUGGAAACUAACUUGGAAAAGAAGGAAGAAAGGUAAGAGUACUUCUUGUAGGGAAACUGAUAUAGGCUUUGUGGUGCAGGAAGGAGCACAGUGAAUAUGAAGACAAGAAAGAAGGACAAUGUUUUGGUGCAAAGAGAGAAACGAGUGUUGGGAAGAAUAUUAUUCAAGAGAUGAGGAAACUGAACUUGAGAAAAGUUGAGUGACUGGCCUAAACUUGCAAAGCUGAAAAAAACUGUAAACUUCUGUGGGAACUUGCAGACUUAGAUGGAGCUAUUCAUCAUUCCAAUUUAGUCUUUCCGAAUUUACCCGCCAGAUCGGAAGCCCAACAGCCAUCACACGCACUGGCCUGCGGUGCCACUUGUAUGUGUGUCUCUAAAUCAAUGAUGAGGGUAUCGGAACCGAUACUGGACAUGGAGAUGGCAAAUUACAGCGAGGUUUUGGAUCCAACUUACACAACGUUGGAGUUUGAAACUAUGCAGAUUCUAUAUAAUUCAAAUGAUAGCUCUGCUCCAGAGACAACAAGUAUGAAUGCCACAGACAAUGGUGUUAACUGUCUAUGUGCUAUAUGUGGGGACAGAGCCACAGGAAAGCAUUAUGGAGCAUCAAGCUGUGAUGGGUGCAAGGGAUUCUUCAGACGCAGCAUACGCAAGAGUCACGUAUAUUCCUGCAGGUUCAGUCGGCAAUGCGUUGUUGACAAGGACAAAAGGAAUCAAUGUAGAUAUUGUCGAUUAAGAAAGUGUUUUAGAGCAGGAAUGAAAAAAGAAGCUGUGCAAAACGAACGUGAUAGAAUAAGCACCAGAAGAAGCACAUUUGAUGGCAGCAACAUCCCCUCCAUUAACACGCUGGCACAAGCAGAAAUUCGGUCUCGCCAGAUCUCAGUCUCAAGCCCUGGUGCAAGCACUGACAUAAAUGUUAAGAAAAUUGCCAGUAUCGGUGAUGUCUGUGAAUCUAUGAAACAACAGCUCUUAGUCUUGGUGGAAUGGGCUAAAUAUAUUCCUGCCUUCUCUGAGUUACCACUGGAUGAUCAGGUGGCACUGUUGAGAGCUCACGCAGGGGAACAUUUACUGCUUGGAGCUACAAAGAGAUCCAUGGUGUAUAAAGAUAUUUUGCUUUUGGGAAACAACUAUGUAAUUCACCGCAACAGCAGUGAAGUCGAGAUCAGCCGUGUGGCCAACCGGGUUCUAGACGAGCUGGUACGACCAUUUCAAGAAAUUCAGAUUGAUGACAACGAAUAUGCUUGUUUGAAGGCAAUUGUAUUUUUUGAUCCAGAUGCAAAGGGGCUAAGUGAUCCAGUAAAGAUUAAGAACAUGCGGUUCCAGGUGCAGCUCAGUUUGGAGGAUUACAUCAACGACAGGCAGUAUGACUCCCGGGGGCGGUUUGGAGAGCUGCUGCUGCUCCUGCCCACACUGCAGAGCAUCACUUGGCAAAUGAUUGAGCAAAUACAGUUCGUUAAGCUCUUUGGAAUGGUUAAAAUUGACAACCUACUUCAGGAAAUGCUACUGGGUGGUGCUUCCAAUGACACUAGUCAUCUCCAUCAUCCCAUGCAUCCACAUUUGUCUCAAGAUCCAUUAACUGGACAAACUAUACUUUUAGGUCCCAUGUCGUCACUGGUUCAUACAGACCAGAUCUCAACUCCUGAGACCCCACUCCCUUCCCCACCACAAGGCUCUGGACAAGAACAGUACAAAAUAGCUGCCAACCAAGCUUCAGUGAUUUCACACCAGUCUCUCUCCAAACAAAAGCAAUUGUGAGGAUGUGUCUACUCGCAAACGGCACUGCAUAAAUGUGAAAACUUGUUGAUCUUGAAAUAACUCAGGAUAGUACUUUUGGCAAACUGUUAGCCAAGGCUUCUGCAUGGUGCUGUUAUAAGAUGGUAUCUUGUGUUUUUGUUUAUAGGCUCAUGUUUUUUGUUGUUGCUGUUGUUUAAAACUUUCAGAUACAAACAAUGUGUAUCUGAGUUUCAGUAUGUUUGUAUAUAUUUUUCCAACUUCCCUCGCACUGUUCCCCAACUAGUUGAAUCUCAUGUACUACUUUCAUUUGUUGUCUUGAUAUUAAUUUAAGUCUGUAAAUAAUUGCUUCAUUGUGAUGUGAUGUAGAAUUAAGUGUUCUUUUUUGACUAAGAACAGUAGUAGAUCAGCAACUCCAGAUCAGUGUAAAAUAAGCCAAGUUGUUUGGUUUUGUUUUGUUUUUAUCAAUUUUAAACUUGCAAAUUAGAAAAAUAAAGCAGUUGCUAUUGAAGAGGAAAUAUUUCUUUGAAGAGGAAUCACUUUUGGAUAUCCUGUGGCUAAGAAAUAUCUUUCUGGCUCACAGUUAAAUAUGCCUAUCUUUAGCUUAGGAAAUUAUAAAUAACCAUUCCAAGGAUGACUGGCUCUUCCUUGAAAUCUGCCUCUAUUUGAAGAUUUAUCUUAAGAUAAAGCAUGUUUGUUUUAACAGUUAAGAUACAGGAUAAAAGGUUAAAAAAAAAAAAAAAGGGAAACCCUUAAUACAGUGUCUCGACCAAGAGAGACACUGAUUUUCUUUCCUAAAACAGUCUAGAAGUCAGCAUCUAUUGACUAGAAACUUACUGAAUAUGUGUAUCCAGUUCCCAGGGAGGCUGAGAGAGCAGUGUUUAGGUGAGAAACUUUGUGCCCACUGAAACUGCACCAGUUUGAGAGACUGUUAUUGGCCGACAGACCACCAUCUGUCACAUAUGCGUUGCCUCAUUUAAUCCUCACAGGUACCUGUCAAAGAGCUAUUAUUAUCUUUCAUUUACAAAUGAAGAAAUCUAUUGCUUUGAGGAUAUGUAACCAAAGUUCUUAAACCUAGGAUAGACACCACCUUUAUGACCAGGUCUGCUUGACAUUAAGGAAAACAAACCUUUGAGGUGGAAUGAAAAAUGUGAGUUUUUGACUAUGGUUUUAAAUAUAUGCAAUUGAGCAGUGAUGGAAUCCUAUCCAUCUUUUACCUUAGCACAUAUUCACAUGUAAUCAAUGAGUGUAAAUUUGUUGCAGCAUGAAUAAGAAACCAUUGUGGUUUUAAUGCCUUCUCUCUGGAAAAAAACCACAAAACUUUAUUUAAAAAAAAACUUUAUUUAAAAAACACUUCAAAACAAAUUAAAGAAAAUAAAAGAUAUAAUCCAAAAUAGGUUAUGAUGAAAACAAACACAAAUUCAAAUCACUGACUCAGAAGAUUUUCAAAAAUCAAGUGGACUGAGGAGUAUAGUUCAUUGGAGCCCUAUUUGAUGUAAAGUGAAGCUUAUUUAAAAACAAUUAUGAUGGGCCACGUCAAGAAACAGUGGUCUCUCUCUCUCUCUCUCACACACACACACUCAUACACAGGCAACAUACACAUUUCCUGAAGUAGUAAAAAACUGGUUGAGUAAUUAUCAGGGAUAUAAGAAAGUGUCUCAAUCUGUAAGAGACAGAAUUCAAGGAUUUUUACAGAGCCUCAAAAGUUCUAAAAUUUCAUAACCCCCAUUUACCCUACAAAUAAAAAUGUUCUAUUAUUAACUAACUUAUUAACUCAGAGUAGAAAACUGAUUAGAAGGUAUCAUUGAGUUAAUAAAAUCAAAAUUCCUUCAAUACCUGGUACCUGCAAACUAUAAAAUGUAUCUUUGAGAGUGAGUGAGGGAAGAGCAGAGUUUAUUUAAUUAUUAUUUUGUGGAAAUUUAGCAUCUCAAUUUCAUGCUUUUCAUCUUUAAAAAACAAAUAUCCUUUGUAGGUUCUGUUUAACUUUUUGUGCUGUUCUCUUAAUAGAUAUUAAAAAAAACUUUAAAACAUAAAACCAGAAGAUUCAUUUUUAGUGAGCCUUUUAACUUAUCUGCAUACAUUUACUAAACAGCUUUGUUUUAGAAAUUAUUGCUAACGACUUUGUUUUAAUAACUAUGGUCAGGGAAUUUUUAAUAUAAUAUUUUUGUAUACUUAACUGCCAAAAAUGCUGGCCAAAGAGGAACUGAAGUUUUCAGCAUAUUUUCAAAAUACUAGUAAUGAAAAACAUUGCUUUUAUAUAGCACAAAACUUUUUUCAGGUAAUAAGUAUGAAUAAUUUAUUGUGAAAUAGUGAUUCAUUUUAUAAAUGUAAAAUUAUUUUUAUAAAUUUUAUUGUUGAAAAUCAAAACUUACUAAAUUUUGUAAGUGUUAAAUUAUAGUGAGAUUAAAAUAUUUCUAAACUGUGAUAUGUUGUUUCACUGAACUUUCUAAAUAAAAAUUGAGGAA